UUAUUAUUUUUUUUUAAAAAAAAACCCAAAAAAGAAGUGAGCUCCAUCCUCCAGCCACCUCGAGUAAGGGUGGCUGUCAACACAGACACCAAGCUGAAUCUCCGUCGUGUUCUCCUCACCUCUCUUUCUCUCUCCUAAAUCCAUUUCUCCGCAAACUCCGCACAUUUUUUUUUUUUUUGAUCUUUAUUCUACAUAUUAUUACCCUUUUUUUUCUUCUUUUCCAGUUACCUCCAAAUUUUGCAUUCCUCAAAUCAAAGACAAGGAAAAAAAUUCCCACUUUUUUCCUUGUUUAUUUCUAAAGAAAAUAAAAUUCCCCACUUUGUUGUUGGAAUUAUUUUGAAUAAAAUUCCUUUUGUUGUUGAUAUUCAUUGUUAAUUUUGUUUGUCUUUAUUAGUUCUUGGUUGAAUCUGUUAAAUUUCAUCCAAUCAUUUGCAAUUUUGGAUAAAAAAGAAAGGAUUGUACAGUGAUUUUUUUUCCUUCAAUUUUAUCUCAUUAGAUUCAAUUUCUUCCCCCCAAUUGGGUGUAUGAUUAGAUCUUCCUGGAAUCAUCUUUGUAAAUUUUCAAGUUUUCUGGACAGAAUUUGGGGUUUUUACUUUUCUGGGCAUUGAAAAUUAGCAAUUUGGCUCAAAAUUUGAACCCUUUCGAUCAAAUCUAAACUUCUGGGUCCUAAAUUUUGACCCCCUCUUGAAAACUUCGAUCAAUUGAAAAAAAAACCCAGAAAAAUGUAUGCAACUCAGAGCAAAAGAAACAUGUCAUUUGAGUACCAGGCUCAAAUAAUCAAUUACAGGCCAAGUCUUCAUACAAGAAGGGCAAAUUUGACAGUAAAAUUCCAAGAUAUUUAUGGGUUUUCAGUGGAAGGGAAUGUUGAUGAUGUGAAUGUGUUGAAUGAGGUGAGAGAGAAAGUGAGGGAACAAGGUAGGGUUUGGUGGGCAUUGGAAGCUAGCAAAGGUGCUAAUUGGUAUCUUCAUACUCAUGUUUCAUCAACCCUUAAAGCAUCCCUUAAAUUGUCAGCUUUAGCUAAUGCUAUCACAUUGAAGAGGUUAAUUAGGAAAGGGAUCCCCCCAGUUUUGAGGCCUAAGAUCUGGUUUGCAUUGUCUGGUGCUGCUAAGAAGAAAUCGACCGUGCCUGAGAGUUAUUAUGAUGAUCUUAUUAAGGCGACGGAGGGAAAGGCUACAGCUGCCACGAAACAGAUUGAUCAUGACUUGCCUCGAACUUUCCCUGGCCACCCUUGGUUGGAUACAUCAGAGGGGCAUGCAGCUCUCCGACGUGUUCUUGUUGGGUACUCAUUUCGUGAUUCUUAUGUUGGUUAUUGUCAGGGUUUAAAUUAUGUUGCAGCAUUAUUAUUACUCGUUAUGAAGACAGAAGAAGAUGCUUUUUGGAUGCUAGCUGUCCUACUGGAAGAUGUUUUAGUCAGUGACUGUUACUCAAAUAACUUAUCUGGGUGCCAUGUUGAGCAAAGAGUUUUUCAGGAUUUACUCACUCAAAAGUAUCCAAGGAUAGCUGCUCAUUUGGAAGCCUUGGAAUUUGAUGUCUCCCUUGUCGCCACCGAAUGGUUCCUGUGCCUCUUUUCGAAAAGCUUACCGUCAGAGACAACUAUGCGGGUAUGGGAUGUCCUUUUCUACGAGGGUGCGAAAGUUUUGUUCCAUGUAGCUUUGGCUAUAUUCAAGAUGAAAGAAGACGAGUUGCUUCUGAGCCAUCAUGUUGGCGAUGUAAUAAACAUAUUGCAGAAAACUACUCAUCACAUGUUUGAUCCUGAUGAUUUAUUGACGGUGGCGUUUGAUAAAAUAGGUUCUAUGACAACCAACACAAUAUCAAAGCAGAGGAAAAAGCAGGAACCGGCUGUGAUGAAAGAACUUGAUCAGAGAUUUAGAAGACUAAAUUCCCUGAAAGAUGCAGUUGGGCAGUAGACCAAAAGUGUAACUGUAGAUGCCCCAAGGCAUAUUUGCAACUGCAACUGUGACCGGAGGCAUUUUUGUGCUUGUAAUAUCAAGUACAUUACAUUACUGCAGAAAUAUAGUUUAUGUAUUCUGUAAAUUAACAAAAACUAGUAAUUACAUCCCUAAAGAGGGCAAGCUCUGAUAUAUAUGUAUGCCCCUUGUUGGCUUGUUAAAUCACACCCCUUUUUGUUGUUGUUUUUAGGUUUUCCCAAGUGUAAAUGUUCGUUUCUCACCAACAGCAGGAACACAAAUAAGAAAUUUAGAUUAUAAUA